GCCUGAGAAAGAAAGAAAAAAACAUUUACGCGACGUGACGCUGAGACUUGUAGCACUUCCGCAACAACAUACACACACGCAGACAUUGCACUCGCCAUCUCCGCUCAUCUGCCUUCGCCACCCUCAACGCUCACUACCCAUAAAGUUUAACCGAAGGAACAGCCUGCUGCAAAGCCCACCAUAAUGAGCAGCGAUCUCGCGGACUUCGACGGCGACGAUGUGAGGACCACCGUCGUGGCCGCCCAGCCGCUUGGUGUGGGCAUGGGCACGCACAGCGCCGUCGCCCUCGGAGGCUUCCAAGACUUCUGCCUCAAGAGCGAGCUGGCAAACGCCAUUCGCGAGAACGGCUUCGAGCACCCAUCGGAGGUGCAGCACCAGGCCCUGCCGCAGGCCAUGCUGGGCGCCGACAUCCUUGCUCAGGCCAAGUCCGGCAUGGGUAAGACUGCCGUCUUUGUCUUUGCGCUGUUGGAGCAGAUCGAGAAGGUGCCGGAGGGACAGAAGCCGUACUGCCAGGCCGUCAUCCUCGUCCACGCACGUGAGCUGGCCUACCAGAUUGAGCAGGAGUUUAAGCGCUUCAGCAAGUACCUGCCCUACGCAACCACCGGCGUCUUCUUUGGCGGCAUCCCGGAGGACGAGAACGUGAAGGAGCUUAAGAAGACGGUGCCGGCGAUCAUCGUCGGCACGCCGGGCCGCAUGAAGUCGCUCCUCCAGCGCAAAGCAUUCGACGCCUCGCACGUGAAAUGGUUCGUGUGCGACGAGUUCGAUCGCUGCCUCGAGGACGUGAAGAUGCGCCGCGACGUGCAGGAGAUCUUCAUGAAGCUGCCAAAGGACAAGCAGGUGAUGAUGUUCUCCGCCACCAUGACGGACGAGCUGCGCGACGUGGCGAAGAAGUUCAUGCGGAACCCGACGGAGAUCUACGUCGACCAGCGCGCGAAGCUGACGUUGCACGGUCUCGCACAGUUCUACAUGAGCGUCACCGAGGCGGAGAAGACGCGCCGCCUGGCGGAGAUCCUUGACGUGGUGGAGUUCAACCAGGCGAUCAUCUUUACCUCCUCGGUGGAGCGCUGCGAGGCCCUGAACCGCCAGCUGCAGCAGAUGAAGUUCCCGUCGCAGGCCGUGCACUCCCGCAUGAACCAAGAGGAGCGCCUGCGCGUGUACGAGAGCUGCAAGGCGAACAACACGCGCAUAAUGGUCGCCACCGAUCUCUUCGGCCGCGGCGUCGACUUCGAUCGUAUUAACCUCGUCGUGCAGUACGACAUGGCCUCCGACGCGGACAGCUAUCUGCACCGCGUCGGCCGCGCGGGUCGCUUCGGCACAAAGGGGCUGACGAUCGCCUUCAUCACGGCGGAUGAGAAGGAGAUCAAGCGGGAGAACCGCAAGUACACCGACGGCGGCAUCAUGAAGGAGGUGCAGGAGCGCUUUGAGAUGAAGGUGGCGGAGCUGACGGAUGCCAAGACGCAGCUCAACGAGAACCAAUACAUGAACAAGUAA